AUGGACAGCCAGGAUGAAAACACUAACAAUAGUUCAGAAAACUCCGUCAUUCAAGUAGAUAAGGGGUCUAACCCCAACCCAACUAUCCCUACAGGAGUAAAACCAAAAUUUAAAACCCUCCCCCUACCCUCAAAUGUGGUUACCACAUUACUUGAUUUCAAAACUAAUGAUUACCAAAUAGAAUCAAACACAAUCACAGGGGCAGAUCUUCCUAAGGUUGAUUUAUUACAAGAUAAUGACAGUGUAGAUAAUACUCAGACUCAAGGUGGACCGAGUAGCUUUAGGUCUGAGUAUGAAUAUGCACUGUCAACUCAAAAAGACACUAAUUUAAACAGAGUCGCGGAAAACAUUUUCAGAGAAGAGGCAGCAGCAUCAGAAGAUGAAAACACACGCUCACGCAGACCUAGUCAAACAAAUCCUAACGAUAAAACCACCAGGCCUAAAACAACGGAGUUAAAACAAGCCAAAUCUAAAAUUACUAUGCCACCCAUAGUAAUAGAUGGGAAAACCACCAACCCUAAAAACCUAAUACAAGAUAUUAAAGCUUUUGCUAUAGGUAGUUUCAGUAUAAAGCAUACAAACUACACGACCGUGCUAUUUAUCGAUGAGAAGGAAGAUCACGAAAAAGUUCUAGCCAACAUAAAACUAGACAAGAUGCCAUAUCACACGUAUACAAACAACGAGGAUAAAUCCCAUGCCUUUGUAUUGAGAGGCUUGUCAGAGGGAACGAAAAUCACAGACAUAGAACUAGAUAUGGAGGAACAGUACGAAAUCAAAACUAGAGCUAUCUACAAAAUGAAAACUAAAGAUCGUCCUCUAUAUCUAGUGAUUACUGUUCCAGCGAUUACGCUGGACUACCUGAAUAGGAAUGCUCGGCGAGUUCUCUACACCAGAGUUGUGUGGGAGAUCAGAAAAUCUGCAAAACAGAUUAUACAGUGUCAUACAUGUCAAGAAAGGAUUACAAUUUAUAAUUACGAUACGUACUAA